AAGUGCAGUGGGAUUGAUGACAAGGAGGCCUUUGCUCUCCUCGCUCCCCCACUUGCGCUUCUCCAUCGUCGGCUCCUCCUCCUCCUGCUGCCCUGGUCGCGAGCCAGCUAGCAACGGACUGGAGCGACGUCUUCGUCGGGCACCGGCCUACCGGGGCUAGCGCAGCCGUUUCCACUUGAGCUUUCUCUCGCCUUCGCAGAGCUUUCCUGCCAUUUUUCUCCCGCAAACUGAAGGUGCAACAUCGCGGAGGGUUCUUCCGAACCGACAGGCGAGUCGCGAGUUAGCUGUGCGCUUGGUUAUCAUCGUCGAGAAACUCCGUUUUUUUCUUCUUCUUCAUUUUCUUUUUCCCCUCUGUUCCCAUAAAUUUCUUGACGUCUACUGUCGUGUUUGUGCUGAGCGGCCUGUCGUGUGCGCGUUUUGUUUACAGCAACUUGUGCGGAAUUGCGUUGUUUUUAACGAGAAUGUAGGUCAGUGUCGCGUAGCAACACGACGUAGUUGAAUUUGUAUGGUCAAGGGUUUUGUCAGUUCCGAGUAACCUAGAGAACUUGGCUUUUUAGCAAUACAGCUCAAUGUUAGCUCAUUUUCCUUUUUAUUUACUAUUGUUUUUAUUUUUAGCUCUUUAGCAAAACAGCUAAUUGCUAAUUAACACAGCAAACCCUUGUUUUUUUACAUAAUUGCUUCUAGUUUAGAGUAACCGAGAUAACUGUUGGCUUCUUUGCAUCACAGCUCAGUAUUGGCUCAUAGUUUCUUAAAAUAAAAGAUUUUUUCCUAUCUUUUUUAAAUCCUGAUCAAGCUAAGUGUUAGCUUCUUAGCAACAGGGCUAACUGUUAGCUACUUACCUACUCAUCUAACUGCUUCUUAGCAAAAUAAUAACUCAAUGUUAGCACAUAACUUUCCUAAAUUAUUUAUUCUUAGCUAUCCUUUAUUAUUUUUUGUUAGCUAAGCCUGACCCUGCUAAGUUAGUUUCUCAGCAGCAGUACUAAUAGCUCUUUACCUACACAGCUAACUGCUACCUCAUAGUUACAGCUGUAAUUGUUAGCUCAACAUAUUUUUAUAAUAUUUAUAAUUUGUAAGUUUUUUUUUUGCUAAUAAUGACCCAAGAAAAUGUUAGUUCCAUUGCAUCAGUGGUGUUAGCUCCUCGCAGUUUCGUUAAGUUAUAUGUUUAAGUGUUAGCGCCUAGCAUGACAUCAUAUUUAUUUUCUUUUAAUUAACAGUUUCUUUGAGUUAAUAAUUAUUGAAAAGAUUUGCGUGUCCAAAUUGUGACGUUUUGUAUGAUCAGAGUGGUGAUUUGAUUUGUCGUUAAAUGCCCUUGACACUUUUUGGGCGGGAUUAAAUGCACGCCCUCCCCAGGGUGACACCCGGGCGGGGGUCGCGGGUCACGUGCGGCUCGCGGCCGCAACUCCUCCCCGUCUAGAAAGGGCCUGACAAUGGCCUUCCACGGCACGGGCCGGCAGACGCUUUGCGGCGACUUGUUUUCCGGUUCCGAUUUGGCCCGCAAAUACUUUUAUGUCAAUUCGUCGUGCGGCGCCCCUUCAACCGCCCUCGGUGCCACCCCGUGCGUCGGCGGGCCCCCCGCUGCCCCGGCCGGGACCCCCAGGCACCCUGGUGGAGGCGGAGGUGGGGCCGCAGUGCCACAGCCCUACGGCGACCCGGCCGGGGAGGUGCCAGGCCCGGCCGAGAUGGAGCCUGACAGGCCCAUCGGCUACGGCGCCUUUGGUGUUGUCUGGUCCGUGACGGACCCGCGAGACGGCCGCAAGGUGGCACUGAAGAAGAUGCCUAACGUCUUCCAGAACCUGGUUUCGUGCAAACGCGUCUUCAGGGAGCUGCGCAUGCUGUGCUUCUUCAAACACGACAACGUGUUAUCAGCGUUGGACAUCUUGCAGCCACCACAAAUCGACUGUUUCGAGGAGAUCUACGUGAUCACGGAACUGAUGCAGAGCGACCUUCACAAGGUCAUCGUGUCCCCUCAGCCACUCACCACCGACCACAUCAAGGUCUUCCUGUACCAGAUCCUGCGAGGCCUCAAGUAUCUUCACUCGGCCGGGAUUCUGCACCGCGACAUCAAACCUGGCAACCUCCUGGUCAACAGCAACUGUCUGCUCAAGAUUUGCGAUUUCGGACUAGCGCGCGUGGAGGAGCCGGACCCGUCGCGUCACAUGACGCAGGAAGUGGUAACGCAGUACUACCGAGCGCCCGAAGUGCUGAUGGGUUGCCGCCAUUACGGAUCGGCCAUCGACGUGUGGUCGGUGGGCUGCAUCUUUGCCGAGCUUCUGGGGCGACGCAUUCUUUUCCAGGCGCAGAGUCCCAUUCAGCAGCUGGACUUGAUUACGGAUCUGUUGGGAACCCCGCCGCUGUCUGCCCUGGCGUCGGCCUGCGAGGGAGCCCGGGCUCACAUCCUCCGCGGGCCGCACAAACCCCCGUCAUUGUCGGUGUUGUACAUGUUAUCAGACGGCGCCACCCAUGAAGCGGUGCACCUGCUGUGCCGCAUGCUGGUUUUCGAUCCGGCCAAGCGCAUCUCGGGCAGCGAUGCGCUUUCGCACCCGUACCUGGAUGAGGGUCGCCUGCGCUACCACACCUGUAUGUGCCAGUGCUGCUACUCGGUGCCUAGCGGGCGCGUCUAUACGCGAGACUUUGAGCCUGCCGCUGAGCGCCCCUUCAGCCACAGCUAUGAAAAUAGCUUGCUGUCAGUGUGGCAGGGCAAAGAGCUAAUCCAUCGCUUCAUCACGGAGCACCAGCAAGGGAAGCGAGUCCCGCUGUGCAUCAACCCUCAGAGCGCCGCCUUCAAGACCUUCAUCAGGUCUACAGCGUGGCACUCUUCCAAGGUUUCCCGCAAGGAGGAGAGAUGAGCGUCCUUUCCUUCCUGGCCCUCUUCCGCCUCAACCGACCUCGAUGUCCACCUCUCCCACACGUCAACAGAAGCGAGUGGCGGCAACAGGCUCGCCCGCCAGCGGCGCUGAUGACGGAAAGGAAACAAAACUGCUGCUGCUGCUGCUGAAAAGGCAAAAAAAAAAAAAAAAAAGAGUGUAGUGAGUAGAAGUGUUGAUUUUCGUUUGCUUUAGCAUUCCACACGCUCCAUGUAGCAGGGUGUCGUGUAGCCCCUCCCCCUUGCCCCACCCACACACUCCUCGCACUCCUCCUCAGCAAAGCAUGCUGGGAAAUUUUUAAUUCCUCUCUGGUCUCUUAGUCUUAGGACAGCAAGUGUGAAGUUGUCAUGUUCUGCCCCUUUAUUGUCAAAGUAUUUUUUAACGGAAAACCCACAUGUCACCUCCCGUCAAUCCUCACAGUCGCUACCCGAUUGUUACAGGCUACCGGGUUGCAAUGGAUUUCUACAUUGCACGCCAUGUAUAGAUACAGUGGGGAGAACAAGUAUUUGAUUCUCCCCACUGUAUAUACGUGAUAGAUUCACCGAUAGAACAUUUUUUCUAAACUGAUUAGGGCUGCAGCUAUCGAUUAUUUUAGUAGUCGAUUAAUCGAUGAACUAGUUGUUCGAAUUAUAGAGUAAUCGGAUAAGGAACAUUAAAAAUUAAAAUACCUGAGCUGAGCCUCAAACGGUAAAAAUAAAUAAAUAAAUAAAUAAAUGAGGAUCGACGUACAACAAAAGUACAAUUGGCUAACUUACAUAGCAAAAGUCCACUAGCUUAAAUGCUUUAAAAUGCUAACUUUUUUUUCAAUGCUCUUAACAAAUGGUUCAGACACAUUCCCCAAAAAACGGCUAAAAAUAUCUAUAAACUAUUUUACGAAUGCAUUAAAAAACAUUAGCUCAAACAGAAACUUAGCUUACGUUGGUCUUAACAAGGAGCAGUUGGAUUCAGCCAUGUGAAAUGAGGCAGACCAGAAGACAGUGUAUCCAAAAUAAUAAUAAUAUAACCAAUAAAAUCAAAUGCAAACACUUUCAAAAUAAACCAUUAAUUAAACGACUAUUCGAAGCAACAAAAUUUAAUUCGAUUAUUUUUUUCCUAAUUGAAUACUCGAGUUAAUCGAUUAAUCGUUGCAGCACUAAAACCAAUAGUCCCUGAUUAGGUCUGCUCAUGCGUGCAAUGGAUCGCUUCUACUUAUCUAUCUCUUAUUCAACCCACAUGCUAGACCAUUUGGAGAAUAAUAAAUGUUAUGUUUGAAUCUCUUGCGUUUAUAAGAAUAAAGCUACCAUAGGAAGUGACAUAGCAUUAGGAGUGGGAACCUCUUGGUACCUCACGAUAUGAUACGAUUUGCGAUACAAAGCUCACGAUAACGAUCUGACGAUACAACGAUUAUCGAUACAAUGGUCGCGAAAUCGUUCUAGAAUAUUCUACAAACAACAAAUAAACAGAAAAACAAGCUUCUGCCGUGAUUUGGAAUGAGUUUUAUGAAUAGUAGACGUCCAAUCCAUUUGAACUGGGGGGAUGGCAGCGAAUGAACAUUCGUUCAUUGAUUCUCCCCUCUCCCCAUGGCUGGCAGCAAAUGAACGACUGUUCAUUCGCUGCCAUCCCUCCCACUUCAAACGGAUUGAACGUCUAUCGCCGUCAGUUGCAGCCAAAGCCAGGCAAUGAGGUAAUUUUGGGCUAUUUAAGGUCAUUUACCUGUUGAUUUUCAGUUACUUCCUGUUGAUUUUGGGGUAUUUUACGGGUCACUUCCUGUUUAUUUUGAGUUACAGAACAGGAAGUGACCUGGGAAUCACCCAAAUGAAUAGGCAGUGACUCAAACGCAACAGGAAAUGACCUGUAAAUGCCUGAAAAUUGGACAGAAUGACUAUGAAUGCCCUCGUUUCGAAUGAACGAACGAACGUUCCCAGUCUAAAUGGAUUCGGCGUCGUGCACCGUCAAUGCAGCCUUAGAGUUAACUGAGACACUAUUAUGGUGGAAGAUUUUGGUAGCAACUUGUUGGUUCCUUUUUAUUUAUUUUUUUGUCUAGACAUUGACACCUUUUUAAAACGAUAUCUCGACUGUUGACAGGAGCAUGUCGAUAACCUUUUGUGAUACAAAGUACCCUACUUAGCAUAGUCACAGUGAACAGCCGAUCACGAUCAGAUAGCCGUGCUGCGAAUGUGUGUUAAAAUUGAAAGGAAAAACUUUAUUUAAACAUGACAAACUUUAUUACAUAGAAUGUUUUGCAAAGGUUUUACAAAGAUAUAUAGAUGAACUAGCCUUUUUAGUUGUUUUUAAUAAUAUCUGUAGAAGAAACUGUUAUUUUAAAAAUGUAGGGUGGCUUCAGAGACCCAUAUUUGCAUAUGUGAGUAUAGUUUGAGUUAAUGUUCUGCAUAUGAACAUUAAAUCUGUUUCAGCAUAUGAAGGCACUGUGCUUUCUUCUAUCUACAGCAUAAUCAUUGGAUGCAUUCUUAUGAGUCAUUUUUAAAAAUAUCUCACGCAAAAACAAGAAAAAUAUAUUUUUAUUGUUGAAUCUAUCACGUAUACAUCUAUAUCUGCCGUUAAGGCUCGAGAGGAAGUGUCGUCGGUUCCCGCAUGCGCAGUAGCAAUCCGCUGCGAUCAAGUAGCCCGUCUUUAUCGGGUAGUGACACACUCACUCCCUGUUUUCUCGAGUCUUGCCUGUUGUAGCAGAAACAAGCACGUUGUUAUUCACAAAAUCUUUCCUCUUUUUCCGAACCACUGGAAUCACCCCCAGGCAAAAAGUCAGUUUAUUAGAAAGCGUGUGUAUAAAAGGAUGUGACAUAAUGGCUGCCAUUCAAAUAAAAAAAGUGUGUUUUGAAAAAGACAAAAAAUUACAAAAACACAAGAUGGUGGACAGUAGCUCCUCUAGUCGUGAGAGAAAGGGGGGGGGAAAUAUCCAAAUGUGGCCAAAAUAAAUGUACCGUGUGCAUGAAAUGCCAAAUUGUGGCCGCCUAAUAGUUACAGUAAUAAUAAUAGUAGUAGUAGUAAGUUUAUUAAACAUUUGGUGUGAAGAGAGAGAAAAUUCAUGCAAAGGAACUUGCUCAUCAACAAACCAAAGAAAGGAAAAUCAAUCAUGUUUAACUCAUUGGCUGGCUAGUGAUCAUGUUACGGCGAUAGACGUCUAAUCAAAUUGGACAUCUAGCGUCGUCAAUGGUGGCUAAUGAGUUAAAUAGUCUUUCUUUGGCCAAAAAUGUCAAAUGUACAUUGAAAAUAUCACGUGUCGACAAAAUCUAUUGAACGUGAUACUAAAUACUCAUUUUUGGCACCUGAAAAUGUGAUUUUACAGUGACGUACUCAUUUUUUUUUUCAGUCAUGUGCCAAAAAAAAUACUAAUUUUGUGCCAGCAAAACAAUAUUUAAAGUUGGUAAAUAUUUCAAUUGACCGCCAUUGACAGUUACAGACGUCCAAUCCAUUUGAACUGUGAGGGUGGCAGCGAAUGAACGAAUGUUUAUGGAUUUGACGUCUACUAGCGAUAAAUUCAUUGAUAGUUUUAAUUUAGUUUUUACGAGCCAAAUGGAUGUCUGUCAUUGUCAAUGGCACUGAAAGAGAUACAAUUUUGCUGAAACAAAAAUUCAGGUUUUGUCUACUUUUCAAGCAUUUUUGUGCGUACGUUAUUACGUUAUACGUAUUUAGCGGGCAGAGUUAAACCACUUUCCCCCCUGAUCACGACCUCAUUAUUAUCACGUGUAUUUUUUAGCUGGUUAGCGUUAGCUCGUCGACGGACGAGAAUGAGCCGGGUUUUGGUGGUGUUGAUUCAUGUUUGAAAAGUGUUUUGGCCCACUUGUUUUCUUGUUUUGACAAAUACUUGAAGUUGACGUGGAGAGUGAUGAUCAAUAAAAAUGACACUGGAGUACAACA